CUGUACAGUGGAAAGUCGGCAGACGAGAGAGCGAGGCCAAUCGUACCCGCUCAACGACGAUACCCGUUUGAAUGAGAUUUUUACUUUUCCGUACAACGCCGCAACAUGCGAGUUUACGUGUAAACAUUGUGGACGACUGUGGCAGGAAACCUAUGUAUCCCGUAAUAUGGAGCGUUGGGCAGUACCUGCCACACCGGAUUCUGAGGACGGGAGAUUGUCGACGCCUGGAUUACCCGAGGACUAUGUAUAUGAGGAAUUGCUAACAAGAACUAGUUGGUGCAAUGCAGACUAUGCCUACAAACAAGUGGAUCGGGGCAAGGCACAGGGGAACAAGGCGGCAUUGUGGCUCCGGAGCAAGCUCCAGGGGUUCCUCUUCUCUCUGGGGUGUUACCUGCAAAUCCACAGCGGCAAGGCACUCUUUCUUGGACUGGUUAUAUUGGGCGCAUGUGCCGUCGGACUGAAACUCACCAAGAUAGAAACAAAUGUGGAAAAACUUUGGGUGCAAGGUAAGCCGCAUACUCAUUUUGCUUCCUCUCUCAAACAAAAAAUUCCAGAUCAAUUUUCUGUGUGAAUUUGAUUUAAAUUUCCUAAUUAUUUUGAUAUUUGAUUUUGAUCAUUACCUUCUUGAUUUUACUGUCAACUUUAUUCUUCUUCAUCUUAAGUUGACUUUAUUAUUGGUAGACCUGUAGUACUUCACCAAUGUGAAGAUAUUUUUUGUGGUACAACUACAGGUCUUUGAAACAUUGUAUUUGGUUAAAGUCUGAGUAAACUUUUACCAAUUUCAACUUUAAAUGUGAUUGAUUGUUUCAGAAUUCAGGUUGUGUAAGGGUACUACUAUUCCAUAAUGUUUUUUAUGAUCAUAAAGUAAGUUUGUUGAGCAGUAAAGAACUCCCUGUUUUGCCUUGGCUUUUUUGCCUCAGAGUUGGAUCAUGAGGGUGGGGCAGGGCACCCUGAGCCCCACCCCACCCCCAGGAAUUGAAAAGAAAGCACAUCACAUGAAAAUGACUCUUCCAUGUCAUGAAUAUGUUCCUCUAUGAACCAAACUUCCAUGAAAUUUGUCAUUGUCAAACCAGUUUUCACCUACACUGUAGUUAAUAAUGACCAUUUGUUCUUAUGUACAGGCUAACAGAUGAACUAAUUUGUGUUAGACUAUAUUGAAAGUAGAUAUGAAUUUGGCCUACAUAACAUGAACAACACAUUAUUUUUAAAUGGAUAAAGGAUAGUCCAUGAGUCAACCCAAGUGGUUUAUUCAAAGUACAUAAUAGGAUUGGACUUUUUGGAUGACACCAAACAGACAUUUAAAAGUUCACUCACAAUAUGAUAAUCAUCAUCAAGAAAUACAAAAAAUGUGUUCCAUAAUGAAUUUUCAUGUUCAAUUAGAAAGAUAAUUCAGUAGUUCAUCUCAAUUCCUUGGGCUAUAAAUCUUCCCCCACCCAGCGACUGUCUUCUGACCCGGUCAGCCGUAUAGCCUUUAGUCCAACUUGGCCUACUUACUAUGACUUCUUGCCCUCUUAUGGCAUUCCUCCCCACCAUAUUUUAAUGUCAUAUUUGGGUGGUGAUGCAUUCCAAAGACAAAGAAUUCAGUGUAGGUGGCCAAAGUUUGUCGCAGUUGGCUUCUAAAGCAAUUUUUAGUUUCUUCAUGGACAGACCCUAUACCAUAAUGGUUUCUUUAUCAUGAUUUUUUAGUCCAAGUACUCACAAAUUUGAGCAAUUAAAGGAACCAUGUACAUGUAAAUAAUCCUCUAUAACUUUACAAGAAAGUGUUGCAGAUAGUUGUCCUUAAAAAAAUAGAAAUAGGUGCAUGAGACAGUAUACAUUUGUACAGGUUAUUUGCAUACAGAUAUGGAAUCUAAAAAGUUUCCAUUCUUUAAAAAACAAAAUCUAAAUGCUGAAAAAACUAUGACCAAUAGGCCUUGACAGGUGGUAUCUAAAAUUUGAAUGGUUUGAAUGUUAUGAAAGUCAUGUCUCACAAAAAGUUGUGAUAGAUCCAAUUGAUCUCAAUUCUCAAAUAUAGAAAUUAAUUUCAUAUAUAGGCCUAACUAGUAGGAGGCAUACAUGUAUGUGUAGUUGUGCACUGUCCUUAAUAAAGAAAUUGGUCAAAGUAAUUACCAAGCAUAUUAUAAUGUUCAUCAGAAAAGGACAGAAUUCUUGUUUUUUAUUUAUGAAUAAUGGAGUUCUUGGCAUUCCUGUAUUUUGAGAUUUAUUGGAUCAAUCCUGCAUCCAACACUGAGCUCUCAUCUUCGGAAAAUAAUGUUUUUAAAUACAUAUAGACUUAGUAUAGGCCUACAUUCUUAAAAUGGGUUGAUCAAAGCAUGGACCUAUGAAAAGAUGGACGAUUAACGCGAGCAUUUCUUUGACCCAAUGAUAGUCACCGUCACCUGGUUAUGCGCAUCUUAAUGAGAACAUACAGGUGUUGUAACAAUAGCAAUUACCAUGACUACCAAGGGUAUCUGAUCACUCAAAGACGGAACAGUUUCCCGGUCUUGAUUUUUGUUGGCUGAUCCCCUGUUUCAGUAUGUGCCUUUCAGUCAAUAUACUUCAUAUAUGGAUCAGCAAACUUGAGAAGCAGACGAUUUUUAUGAUAUAAAAUAUGAUAUUAUUCGAUCCGCUAACUACCGCUCACACAUAAGGACCUCAAUAACAUUGAAAGAUACACGAUCUACACAUGUUAUGUGCCACGUAGAUCUGGAAUAUUAUGGAGAAACUUGGGAAAAUUGAAUUUUAAAUGGUAAACAAUCAAUCACGAUAUUGCCUCUAUAUUAAAAUAUGCAGACAUUUCUCCAAAUAAAACACAUGGAACUAAGAUUAACAAAGGUAAACAAAAACUGCACAUCGAUUAUCCAUUAUUUCAUUGAUUUUCUAUCAACUGCGCAUAUAAUUUGUGAAAUAUAAAUGUCCAAUCACGAACUAAUUCAGUCCCUUCUCACGGUGACGAUCAUAGGACCAAAGAAGACUAGUAUGAAGAGAAUGUUAUUCAGAUGACAAUUACCGUCACCUGUUAGUGAAUUCAUUAUCUAAGCGAUGAAUGUCCAUCUCUUCAUAGGUCCAUGAUCAAAGCAAGUAACCGAUCUAUUGGUGAAAUGUGUCUGGCAGAUCUAAUUUCAUAUGGUCAAUAUCAUUAUCAACCCAAUUCCUGGCUAUUCUACAAAGUUAUUUAACCAAUGAAUUUGUCGAUUUUAUGAAUUUGUCGAUUUUGACCAUUUUUGUCAGUCAGAUAAAUGCAUUGGAUAUUUUGACCAAUCUUUCUAAAGAAUACCGAGUUUCUGCUUUUCACUGAAGUGUAGGCCUACUCUGUUGAAAUGGGAUGGAGUAGUAUGCUGAUAGAAGAGAUAUAUCUAUCAAUGAAUUGAAUGCAGAGAAAGUCCCCCUUCCUGCCAUUGCAAUGGAGAUCCAUUGAAAGAGAUUCCUGGUAUUGUGGCCCUUUUCUUUAUUUUCUGCCAUUGGCUUCACCCAUAGUUCACUCAGGAAGUUGAUCAAGUGUGUGGACCCUUCUAUUGUUGGCUCAAGAGCUGAGCUAACAGGCCUAAAGUGAGCCGCGGUGGUACUCACUCGUCCCAAGAGUGGUACAUGUAUGCAGAGACGCUCUGAUCCCCUGUUAACGGAGGCUCUGUACACAGAGAUUACAAUACUUUCCGUUGGGCGAUCACCAGUUGUAGGAAUGGAGUGUGGGGGUAGGAUGUUUGUUCUUGACACCCAAGACCCUUCUUCAACUUCUCCAGGCUCUACAGAGUCUACACAGUAAGGAAGGAAGUUGUACUGACCAGUGACCAGUGCAGCACUAAUUGUAUUUGGAGCCUGUUAGUUAUUUGUGCAUGUUCAAAUCUGCUUUAAAGUGAUUGGUUAACAUUGGUUUGACUUUUAAAAAAAUCUGAGCUAGAAGGUCACACUUGUCACCUGUGUCUGUGAUAUGUUACAAAAAUGAAGCCCAGAAAAAAUUGCGUUCGAAAAUGAUUAUUUAGUGCUUCAAAAAUUGAAAUAUAAAGUGACCGAAAACACCAUCUUAAUUUCAUCCCAUACACUUAUGUGUACUAUUUAGGUGUCUAUAAGACGCCUAUUUACAAAAUCGGGGUUUGCCUUGUAGUUUUAGCUUUUCAUUCUCAAUAAUGGUUGUUUUCAGGGUUUAUUAGUUUCUAAUACAUGCACUUGUACACAUGUUUCAUCUUGGUUUGAGAAUUUUUAAAAUCGGCUGCUCACAAAGUUAAACAAUACCUUUAAUAGUCUUGGGACUGAUUAAUCGAUUUGACAUUGUUUAUGUAACUUGUCGAGAAUUUAACCAAUGAGGCCCAAAAUGUCGACAAUAAUUUUAUAUUUGAUGAGAAAAAAUGCAUAC